CCUGUGCUGGACAGUGACGGCUCACUGCAUCUAUUGGAUUAUAGAAGGGAUUUUCUGCCAGGAUUAGGCCACGGGGCUGGAGGCAGCAUGGGGGCUGCGUGAGCCUUUACAUCACAGGGGUUGUACUGUAUGUGUGUGUGUGAGGAUGUGAGAGUGUGUGAGAUCCCAACGUGUUUCUGGAUGUGCACGAGGACCAAUAUCUCAUCUCAGCUUGGCAGUGAAACGGACCUUCAAACAUGAACCUGUUCUGCUUCACUCUGGACGGCUCCACCGAGAGUGUCUACGAACCAGCGUACAGCCAAACUCUGAAAGAGGUCCACUCCAAGUACCAGUGCAGUCCUCGGCUGAGACGGAAACCAGAGUGGGCCAGCUCAGAUCCCGCCAUUAACUGCAACCAACUCCAGAGUCCGAUCAGACUUAGAGAGAUCAACAGAAGAUCAUGUGCACCAUCAACAUUGCUGGACGUGGAGACACUAGAAACACGUGAGGCUCCAUGUCCAAGCAGGAUCCACGAGAGGACACAAACAGAUCAACACUGCAGGGGGUCAGCUGGCGCUUCAGAGUCGCCACAGUCAACCACAAGACUAAAGAAAUUUGUGCAGUCGAGGAAGGCCCGACAACGCGGCGCAGCAAAAGUAGUAAAACGAAAGACUCAUGAAGUGAGCGACACCAAUCCGGUACUGACCUGCAUUGGUUUGGGAAGGAACUCGGAGAUCGAGUCGUCGUCAUCCGACCUGGAAGAGAAGCAUCAGCUCCCGGAGAAUCCAUGCAGCUCUCUGGACGGAGCAGGAUGGAGCCCACAGCUGAGUGACCGCCUGUGGAGCCCGUUCGACCGCACACGGGCCCAGACACCUCUCUCACACACGUGCCACCUGCCUGCUCAUGAGCUGCGUGUUCUCAGCGGAGACCUGACGCUGCCCCGGGCCACAGAAUGGGAGCGAUUUCAGCGUAUGAUCACGGAAUUGGACAGAAAUCAGUCGGAUCAUCCUGCGCCACAAAUGAUCCGCUCCAUUACUGACCUGCACUGCUUCCAAAAUACAUUGACGCGAUUUGGCAGAUUUGAAGCCUCCAGACAGCACUCAUCCACGACGCCACCAGAUCAUGGCGGAUCGUUGAAGCGGAACGUCGCAGCAUCCGCGCAGAGGCUGAAGAGCAGCGAGAUGGAGGAAUCAUCAGCAACUGAGAGGAGGCCCGUGGAGGCCACUCCGGAGAAACCGCUGACUGCCGUCACACGUGACGGGGAGAAGAGGGAGGAUGAGAGCGGGAGGCCGCUGAUGAAGACGCACCAGCUGUCCUGCAAAAGCCUGGAGAGUCUCUACAGCCUCCACAGCGGACAGAGCUCCUCCAGUGGCGUCACCAGCGGCUGCUCCAGUAACAGGGACAGUCUGAGGCUGGAGGAGGAGUCGCUCUACGCCAGACAGAUCUGUGGCAGAGCCAGGGUGCACACGGACUUCGUACCCAGUCCGUAUGACACCGACUCGCUCAAACUCAGGGUGGGAGAUGUCAUUGACAUCAUCUCUAAGCCUCCCAUGGGAAUAUGGACCGGCGUCCUCAACAACAAAGUCGGAAAUUUCAAAUUCAUCUACGUAGAUGUGCUCGCCGAGUCGACUCCGGAGGGCUUUCAAACCUCCCGACUCACUCACAAAUGUAAAUCCAGUGUCCAUGAAGUGCUGAAAAGACUCAGUCUGGAGUCGUGCCACCAGGACUAUUCCUCGUGUCUCCAGCAGAACGUGGACGACCUGAUGAGGCUGAGGGAGCAUCACCUGACGGAGCUGGAUGUGACUGAUCCGGAGCACCGACAACGUCUGCUCGCUGCCGUCCACUCCCUGCAGCAACUCAGCUCGACGUGUCACUCGGAGGAUCAGCAGGCGGCCUGUGACGUCAACAGCGGACCGAGAGACUCUGGGUGCCUCAUCCCAUCAGACAGUGCGGAGGACUCCAAAGUCCAGUCCCAACUCUGUCCCCCUGCUGACACCUCCUGAGAUCACCCUCAAGAGGAACACCUGAAACAACUGCUGCUGCAUCGCCUCCUGGUGAUGAAUGUUGAGCGAAACCAACCUUUCAUGCUGCUCGUCUACAGACUUUUAAUCAAAAUUAAA